CAGCCCCAUUCCCAAACAUCCCCUGCUCCGCUAUGGCAGUGGGGAGCAGCAGGCCUGCACAUUCUUUUCCCUUGUAUGGGUAAACGCCUGAGCUGGGCCAGCUCUGUUUGGGACAGCCUGGACAGGCGAUUGGCCAGGGGAGGAGUGGGAGGGGCCGGUUAGCAGACUGAUGCUUUAAACAAACUUUUCAGCAGAGCUGCCUGCUUCCCUUCCAACUAAACAGUGAGACCCAGACAAAGAGCUAGGAGGACUCCUGAAACAACUACUAUUCCCUUGAAGCCAAGGCCAAUCCAACCACCACCAUGUCGAGCAAACGCGCAAAGGGGAAGACCACCAAGAAGCGCCCCCAGAGGGCCACGUCCAACGUGUUCGCCAUGUUUGACCAGUCUCAGAUCCAGGAGUUCAAGGAGGCCUUCAACAUGAUCGACCAGAACCGAGAUGGCUUCAUCGACAAGGAGGAUCUGCACGAUAUGCUGGCCUCACUAGGUAAGAACCCAUCUGAUGAGUACCUGGAGGGGAUGAUGGCUGAGGCGCCGGGGCCCAUCAACUUCACCAUGUUCCUCACUAUGUUUGGAGAGCGCCUCAACGGCACCGACCCCGAGGACGUCAUCCGCAACGCCUUCGCCUGCUUCGAUGAGGAGGGCUCUGGGGUGAUCCACGAGGACCACCUGAGGGAGCUGCUGACGACCAUGGGUGACCGCUUCACCGACGAGGAGGUGGACGAGCUGUUUCGCGAGGCGCCCAUCGACAAGAAGGGCAACUUCAACUACGCCGAGUUCACUCGCAUCCUCAAACACGGCGCCAAGGACAAGGACGACAUGUAGAGAGACAGGCGACUGCCUCGCGGCCCACACACAUACAGUGCUUUCUAGCUGGGAUGGACUCCUCUUCAGUGAGUUUUAUUGUCAAUGGUGAUUAUCCAUUGAGGAGGAGUGUAUCUCAGCUAAAUGCAUCUUAACAAGUCUUUAGUGGCUUCGUCUCCAUAUGUCCUCUCUGUAAUUCGUAGUCUCUCAUAAAUCAGUGCAGAUGAAGGAAAGGUGACAAAGUGGUAGGAAGCCGUGUUAGACUUAUAAGAUGCACUGAACACCUUUGUGUGUGUGUGUGUGUGUACUGGCCAAGUUUACCUCUCCUUCUCUCACAUCAGCACCAGCACUGCCUUUGUAAGAAACUGCACCUUCUAUCCAGGAGCUGUGUUGGAAAACCACAUUUUAAAAGGACUAUUUUGUUCUAUUCAUGUAAUGUUUUUGACAAUCAAAGCAGGUUAUAGUUUACCCUCAUUGCUUAAAUGCAAAUUAUUCCACCUUUUGUUUGACAUGUUGCUAGUCGUAUCCCCUUGUCAGCUGGUCAGGUCUAUUCUAACUAUGCCUGCAUUGAUGCAUCAAAAUCAUUCAAGUUGGAACACUCAACAUGAAUGUUGCUGAAGGAUUGGACAUGUAAAAAAAAAAAAAGAAGCCAGGGGCAACGUUGUGGAGGAAGUCAGCCUUGAAAUUGUGUUUUGCCGAGCAACGUCUUAUGCGUUGCCCUUCCAAGGAGGAUGAAGAGCAGAAGGAAAUGGUCGGGCUGGGUUGUUUGGGUUGAAAUGUUGUGGAAAAGUAGCAUGCCUGUAAAGAACCAACAAAGGACCCUUGUUUAAAAAUUUAAAAAAGUAAUGUGACCUUUAUUCCAAGAUGAAGAGUUGUUUCAAUGUCCUGCUGCAUUCAGUGCAGCAGCUAUAUACCUUUUAUAUUCUGUAUUGGAGAAAAUAAAAGACAUUCCCAUA